GAGGCCGGAGCUAAACGAGUCAGGCCGUUUGCUGUCUGAAAGGAAACCUCGGUUCGUCUUCCUUUUACGAGUUCCUGCCGCGCUGGGAGGUUCAUCUACCAUGGCUGAUCCCGCCUCGGCCAGCAACAGAAGGGAUUCUAAUAAAUCCUCUGUUGGAACCGUUGCUGCCGAUAGAAGGCGGCAGCAUGCAAUCACAGUUGGAAAGGAAAGAAGGGAAUCACUCGUGCGUGCUAAACGGCUAUGUCGUGUUGGCAUUAAUACUGAUGGCGAAGCUCCUCUUGAUAGUGAAAUGAUGAUUGAGGAUGAACAAUCGAUUUUGGAGUCUCAAACCUCAUUGGCAGUAGAAGAACUGAAGUCUGCCGUUGCUUAUCAGGGGAAGGGUGCAAUGCAGAAAAAAGUGAGUGCUCUCCGAGAAUUAAGGCGCUUACUGUCAAGAUCUGAAUUUCCUCCUGUUGAGGCUGCUGUCAAAGCAGGAGCAGUAUCCAUAUUAGCUCAGUGUCUUUCAUUCGGUUCCCCAGAUGAACAGUUGCUUGAGGCUGCUUGGUGCCUUACAAAUGUUGCAGCAGGGAACCCAGAAGAAACAAGAGCUUUGUUGCCUGCAUUGCCUUUACUUAUUGCUCAUCUUGGGGAAAAGAGCUCCUUGCCUGUUGCUGAACAGUGUGCUUGGGCAUUAGGAAAUGUGGCUGGGGAAGGUGAGGAGUUGAGAAAUGUUCUGCUAGCUCAAGGGGCGUUGCUACCUCUUGCAAGAAUGAUGCUUCCAAACAAAGGGUCAGCUGUGAGAACAGCUGCCUGGGCUUUGUCCAAUUUAAUAAAGGGCCCAGAUCCUAAAGCUGCAACAGAACUCAUCCGUGUUGAGGGAGUAUUGGAUGCAUUAAUCCGUCAUUUGAAAAAAGCGGACGAUGAACUAGCUACUGAAGUGGCCUGGGUAAUUGUUUAUCUAUCAGCACUAUCAAAUGUAGCCACCAGUAUGCUGGUGAAGAGUGAUGUACUUCAGUUGCUUGUAAAGAGGUUGUCAGCAUCAAGCAGUUUGCAAUUACUGAUUCCGGUUUUGCGGAGUUUAGGUAAUCUGAUUGCUGGUGAUUCCAAUACAAUUUAUGCCGUUAUUGUGCCAGGACGUGAAAUUACUGAUAAUGUCAUUGAGGUGCUAGUGAAGUGUCUGAAAAGUGAACACAGGGUGUUAAAGAAGGAAGCAGCAUGGGUGUUGUCUAAUAUAGCUGCCGGUUCUGUCGAGCACAAGCAGUUGAUAUAUUCCAGUGAGGCAAUGCCUUUGCUGUUGCGCCUUCUUUCUGCAGCUCCGUUUGAUAUAAGAAAGGAAGCAGCAUAUGUAUUGGGCAACCUUUGUGUUGCCCCAUCUAAAGGUGAAGGUGGCCAGACGCCGAGUCUGAUCCUGGACCACUUGGUUCCACUUGUUGAAAGAGGAUGCUUGCCUGGCUUUAUUGAUUUGGUUAGAUCUGCUGAUAUUGAGGCUGCUAGGUUAGGACUUCAAUUCAUAGAGCUGGUCCUGAGGGGGAUGCCAGGGGGUGGGGGGCCCAAGCUUGUAGAACAAGCAGAUGGGAUUGAGGCCAUGGAAAGAUUUCAAUUUCAUGAAAAUGAAGAUCUGAGAACAAUGGCAAAUAGUCUGGUUGACAAGUAUUUUGGAGAGGACUACGGGCUUGAUGAGUAGUUGAUUGGUGUUGCCGGGAUUAGCGUCGGAUCCCUCGUCCCGCUGCGCUGUACUUGGUUUCUAGUCCGUCCAGCAUAUCAAGUUACGCUACCCACCUGAUUUGGGAUUCUUCUUCCAAGACAGCGGAAUUUUAUCUAAGGGGGCCACGUUUGAUGAAGCUGUCGCGAAUUUCUAGGUUUGCAGUGUUGCGGCUUUUAUGUUGUAAGAAACCGAGGAUACGUAAACGUGCUGAAAAAUGUACAUUUUGGUCCAUGGUGAAUGUAGUCUCUUUAGUACCCCAUAUGAGCUGGCAUUUUCUAGUUUUUUCCAACUUUUUUUGGGGGUCCAAAUCCGUCCUCUUCUCUAGAAGAAGUUCUGAGUUUCGAUCUGACCUCGGUUAUAACUCAGUGAAGUAUGUUUUCACUUUCAGCAAUUAAUCCCAGUACCGUUAAU